AAUAAGAAUUUAUAAAUUUUGUGUGUUUUUGUGAACAUGAGUGCAAGAAAACUAAGUUGGGUGUGGAGUUUUUUUACGAAAUGCAGUGAUGGUAAGCAAGUUACCUGCUCCAUUUGUGGAGCAGUCCUUAGUUUCCACCACUCCACUUCCUCGCUAAGCACUCACUUGAAACAAGUCCAUAAGAAGGAACCGAUUCGUGGUGGUGGCAUAACACCGGACACGAAUAUCGAUGCAACAAGUGGUGAAUGCGUUGAAACGCAGGCGAGCACCUCGGGUGGCCGUAAGAGAAAAAAGCACGACACCGUUCAUGACUGCACAUUUGAACGUCAGGAAUUGAUAUCUCGUGGAGUGGCACGCCUAAUCGCAAGUAACAUGUUACCAAUCUCUUUCGUUUCCUCUGAAGGCUUUCGCGACUUUAUGAAGUUAUUGGAACCGGGAUACAAAGUUCCCUCUCAACAAAGUAUACUCUCACGUUUACAAUUGUUUUAUAAUGACGUAAGAGAAAAAAUUGCAAACGAUUUGGCGGAGGUAGAAAGCGCAUCAAUUUCAGUGGACGAAUGGACAUCAAGAACUCAAGAUUGUUAUUUAUCAGUCGAAGCCCAGUAUAUUGACAAAAAUAGUGAAUUGUGCAAAGUUACACUUUGUAACGAGCAACUAGAAGACCGACCAAAUGCAGAAAACAUUGCAUCGGCAAUAGAAGUAGUUUUAGCCGAUUGGAACAUUUCCGACAAAACGCAAGCGAUAACGCACGACAGUGCAUCAGUCAUGAAUGCAGCAGCGCAACAACUUUUUAAUAUAGGGGACAGCAUCAAGUGCAGCGCUCACCUUUUGCAGCUUGUGAUAAAAGACGCAUUAGCAGCUGUACCUGAUUACGAUAAAAUUUGCAAAAAAAGGACGAAAUUUAACAGCACAUUUUCAUCGCUCAAAUAUUGCCAAAACUGCACUAGUAAACCGCCAAGUACAGUUGGGGAUAAAGGAAAAUCGACUCAUACAAUGCUGCGAAACACGUUGGAAUUCCAAAUAUUACAUGUGUGA